AUGCCAGUCUCUUCUCGCAUGGCGGAAAGUUUGAAGUGCAGUUAUCCCGUCACUUAUAGCCCCAGCGGCGACGGGUACGAACUGAAGUCUCAGUCGACUAUUACCUUUUCGAUCAAAUCGAUACAAGCUAGCAAGUCCAUUCCAAAAUCGAUGAAUGUCCAGUUGAUGCCCUCCCUCUUGUACUCCUCUUGUUCGAGUACGAACAUGUGGUGGUUAAAGAACUGCUGCAGCUUCUCAUUGGUGAAGUUAAUGCAGAGUUGCUCGAAACCGUUGUACUUUUACAAGAAUAGGAACAUAGGAAACCCAAAAUAA